CAAAAUCACACCCGAAAGAAGAGAAGCAAAUAUAUAACCGCCCCCAAAGCGAAGAAACGGUGACUCCAAUAAACGGCUCCAAUGGCAAAAUCAAACCUGGAAGAAAGAGAAUAACGACAGCUCUAACGGCGAAAUUACACCCAGAAGAAAAAAAAAAAGAAGCGAAAUCAUACCCGAAAGAAGAGAAGCAAAUAUAUAACCGCCCCAAAGACGAAGAAAAUGGCAACUCCAAUAAACGGCUCCAAUAG